AUGGUGACAGCAAAAGCCAGCGAAGGGAGCACCGAUGGACCCGCCAUUGACAUGGAUUCCGUAAUAGAGUUGUGGCGGCCGAUCAUCGGCACGCACACCACCUCGGACCCUGAUCAAGUGCAAGUUCUUCGCGAAUGGAGGGUUGAUCAACAAAGACAAUACCCAAGCGGUCUGACUGUCGAUCGAGAGGAGGUGAUUACGCAUUACGGAGGAGCCAUCAAGAAGAUGCGGCCAUGGAGAGCCACCGGGCCGGAUGGCGUACACGGGUUCUGGUGGAAAACGCUACCGGCUGCCCGCAAGAUCUUGGGAGAGAUCAUUGCCGAAUGGGCAGUUAACGGCAAGGUGACCACUGGAUGGCUAUGCCGUGGACGCACUGUCCUGAUCCCCAAAGAGGUCAAUACAAACGGAGUAGUCCAGAAGCUUCUGGGAGCCCUAAAGAGGGCGAAUACCUUGGACGUUAAGGUCCGACAAAUCCUGAAGCGCAACAAAUGCCGCUUCCAGGCC